AUGAAAUUUUUAUGCAUUUUACUGGUAGUUGGGUUAGCACUAUGUGAACAACAAGUAAGUUUUUCUGUUUUUUGAAAAUUAAUAAUUUUAUAAUUUUUUACAGAUUGACGCCAAAAAACAUGUUGACGACUUUUUGGACGAUUUAACAAAUGGUGAGUGGAUCUUGGAGCAAAAAUGAAUAAAAAGCUCAAAAUUUAGACAGCAAAUCGGAAGAUCCCCAUGCUCAUCAUAAUCAUGCCGAACAUACAGCUUCUACUGGCGGACACGAUCAUUCAGGCCAUAUGAUGAUGAUGUUUUUCCACGGUGGAUGUAACGAGGUCAUUCUUUUUGAUUUCUGGAGAAUCAACUCGUAUUUUGGUAAGUUUUUUUGCAAAAUCUAUCGGUAAAUUUUGCAAUUCUUAUUUUUCACAGGUCUGAUUGUGUCAUCUGCAUUUAUUUUCAUUAUGGGUGCUGCUUAUGAAGGUCUCAAAUGGUUCCGUGUCUAUCUUCAAGUCAAUCAAACCAAGGAAACUGUUCACGAACCAGAAAUCAUUGGUGUUGAGAACAAUGGAAACGGUUGUCUUAAAAUGAAGAAUAUGAAUGUCGCCGAACCAUUGGUGGAAACCAGACAACCACAAGUCCACGGGUGCGUUUUUGUGAUAAACAUUGAAACCACAAAUAGAGAUUUGUAAAACAUGAUCUGUUUUGGAACUUCAACAUGUAAAAAUUUUCAGGAAAUUGAAAACAUAAGAUGUAACUUUUACAAAUAAUCAAUAUUAUGUUGAAGCUUUUGGUUUAUUGAAAAAGAAACUCUAGAAAAUACUGUUGAUAAAUCAAAGGCUUUUCCACAUAUUUCCCAAAACUGCCUAUAAAAUUUUAUAAUUGUAUUUUCCCAACUUCAAAAUAAUAUUGUGUUUUCAGACCAUCGACUUCUCCAUUCCCACUUUCUCGAUUAGUUCAAGCAUUUUUAUAUAUCGUUCAGCUUGUUCUUGCCUACUGGCUUAUGCUCAUUGUUAUGACAUAUAACUCAUGGCUAAGUAAGUUGAACUAAUUUCUUGAAUUUCUAUCAAUACUUUUCAAAAUUUUCAGCUCUUGCUGUCAUUCUUGGCGCUGGAUUUGGUCAUUGGGCAUUUGCUGUUUUACAAUUAAAAACUCCUCACGGGCAAGCUGCUGAUUCUUUUGCAACUGAUGCGUGCCAUUAA